AUGGCGGCGCCGCCUCUACCAGCCGGCUGGCAGUGGCACAUUGAUGCGACCACGCAGAAGAUCAUGUUCAUGCACACAGCAACGGGACGAACGCAAAAUCACUUUCCCAGUCUCGGCGACGAAGCGGCGUUUAGCAUGGCACCUUCGGCAGUGUUCCAUACAACCACGAAUGCCCACACGACAGCUCCCUCAACAGCGGGACCGUUUCCAACUGCAGGGUCUCCGGCAUCCGACUUGGUGACAGACGUCGCUGCCGGUGUAAGCUCCAUGUCUUUCAGUCAGGAGAGUGUCCCAUACGGAGCUGUGUUUACACGAAAGCCCACAAAGCGAAAGCCUGUAUCGGGCUCUUCACCUGCCUCGCCCAUGUCCAACAACGCGUCGCCGUAUACGGCAUACUCACCUCCGCCACCUGCGCCUGCUACCAACGCAACAGCGCCCGCUUCGGACCCUUCUUCACCAUAUGUUCCAUACUCACCGCACGCGACGACAAGCAGCUUACCGUCAGCCUCCGCGAAUGCAUCUAGUAUGCAGAGCGAUUGGCAGCCGGUAGCACAGCCCUACGCCGCAGCACCGCAAAGUUCGCAGGGUCAGCUACUGAACCCACCGAGCGCCCUCGCGCCAACAGCUGUACAGCAGUCCAUCCCGCCAUUGACCGGCCAUUCGCAAGUGACACCACCACCAGCUCCGCAGGCUCCGGUACAGCAGACCCAGCAUGCUAACAUUCUAAAUGCUACGUCAACAACGUCGCCAGAACUCAGGACAAUGCCUGGAGCUUGGCAUAAUCAGGAGCCUACGCCGCAGUCUCAGGCCAACGAAGCACCGGCUCCGCAGCCUCCACAAACGUACCCACCCCAGCCCGUGGCCGGUUUGCCAGUCCAGCUGUAUGCACCAUCCCCGGCAAGCCAGCAUAUCGAAGAGGCCGCCCCUCCGCUACCGCCUCGUCCCACACAGACAACUCCAAACCUACAGCCACCACCACCGAACCAUCCGCCCGGCUUUCAGGCGAUUUGGAACGAACAGUACCGGGCCUGGUUCUACGUGAACACGUCGACCGGUCAGUCUACGUGGACAAAGCCCACUGAGCCAGCAUAUGGUUCGGCAGACUCUCUAGGGCGGUACAAUACGCAACCCCAGCCGGCAAUUGUAAGUUCUUACCAAGCAGUAACCGCCUCCACUCCGCCAGUCGCAAACAUCUUCCCUCCACCGCCUCCAUUGACUGCGAACCGAUACUCGCAGGCCGUGCCACCUCAAAGCCCUGGCCCACCGGCCUCCUCACCGCCAAGCGCAGCUUCUCCGACGUUCCCGCCUCCACCACAGCAGUAUACUCCGAUACCUGGUGGGCGACAUGCAUCAGUACCACUGAAUGCUUCUCAUACUGGCGAUGCUAGUCACCAACAGCAUCGCCCGUCAAUGCCGGCGCUUCAUGAAGUACAGACUCUACCGGGCUUUGUACUAGGUCAGCAAACUGAGCGUCCGGCGAUGCACCACGUAACAAGUGCUCCUCAAGUGCUUCAAUCGACGAAUGAGCAUCACGUUACGGCACCCGGCCCACAGAUGCCUGCAAUCAAGGAGACGCGGAUGAAGAAGAUGAUGAACAAUACCAAGAAAUGGGUGAAUGACCACCCUAAACUAGCCAUCACGGGUGCUGUUGUGGGCGAACUGGCCGGUCUUGUUGUUGGAAUUGAUCCGCUCAAGGAUGCACAGGCAAUACAUAACAUGACGAAGAAGACACAAGCCGCCAAGCUUAAGGUUCAGGCGCAGCAAAAUGUACAAGCAUUGCCGAAUGUACAGACGCAGGCGCAGAUGCAAAUGAACCAGCAACUCCAGAGUAUUCAGCAAGCGCAGUUCAUGCAGCAACCCCAUCAGCAGCCGCACCAACAUGAGCCGAUCAUUCAGGCUCACUUUGCUCAGCAGAACCAGCAGUCACAGUAUUCUCCUCAGCCCAGUGUUGGACAGCAACCUAUGCAACAGCAACAGCCGAUGCAGCAAUCUCACUCCGUACAAUCGGUCGGAGGCACUCUGCACGCCAUUCCGCCCAUCCAAUACGCACAGCAGCCAGUGCAGCAGGCUCAAUUCGCGCCAGCUCCUGGAGCUAGUCAGCAGCCUCACCAGCAAUACUAUCCCGGCCAGCAACCUCCUGUCCCACAAGCACAAUUUGCGCAGAACGUUGGAGGUGCUCAGCAGCCUGCCCAGCAAUCUCCUUAUGGUCAGCAAAGCCCAGGACAGCAAGGCCCUACGCAGCAUGCACAUUCUGAUCAACCAUUCAAAAACGCUCAACAAUCUCCGUACAGCCACCCCGCUCAGACAAUGCCUCAAAGCCAACAUACGCAACAGCUACUGCCUGACCAGCAAGCUCAGAUCUCACCACAGUGGCAGUAUUCGCAGCCGCCCAGUCAUCCACUUCACUUCGGACAGCAGCCCACAGAACACCAGACUCCGACCCAACACGCUCAGUUUGGACAACCUAUUGAGGACACACAGCAGCCUCCAUAUAAUCCAUCAAGCGAGCCCAUGCAACAUCUCUACGGCACUCAACAAGCUGAAUAUGCGCCACCCAGUGAGCCUCCGGUGUACCAGCAGGCGCAGUACGUACACGACCAGCGCGGCACUCAUGAGCCCCAACAAGCGACCGCCGCCUACGCUUCUGACAGCCAGCGAGGUCUUAGUCUACCGCAUGCGCAUGGAUCUGGAUUUAACCCGCUGCAAGCGUUCAGCGCGCUUGGAGGCGCCGCAAGCCUUGCGAACAAUGUGGACGGCCUGUGGCAAAGACACGAGCAGAGUACUCAAUCAGGCAAUGACAAUGGUGGUGAUCCACUUUCUGUCAUCAACAACAACAACAACACUGACACUGGCGGCUAUGUGGACAAUACUGUCACCACCAAUCCGAGCACGAACACAGACACAAGUCAAUUGAAUGAUGGAGUUGUCGCUGAUCAGGAUCAACUCCUUAUGCAGUCGCUGUCUGAGGAGCAGGAGGCCGACUACAUGACGGCUCAGGCGGAGAUGGCGAACAGCUUUAUGCCCGUAGACAUCCAGUGA